GAAUAGCAACAGCCUGUGUCACCGAAAAGGGCAAAGCCUUCGGAAAUAGAAACAAAGUUGGUCACAAAUCACGCUGGCUUUGCCCGAAGUUUUUUUUCACCCUUCUUUAGCAUGCGACCAUGGGGAAAGUGACCACUCCUGCCCAUGGAGGCGGCCGGGGUGGCUCGGUGCCCAGGGAACGGCUGUAACUUCUGCGUGACCAUGGUACCUGUUGAAAACACGGAGGGCCCCAGUCUGCUGAACCUGAAGGGGAGAGCGGCGGAGACGGAUGGCAGCGACAGAGCCAGCGGCCGGCAUCCUCCCUGGGCGAGAGGUUGUGGCCUGUUCACCCUCCUGUCGGCUGUCACUGCUGCCGUCAGUGGCCUCCUCAUGGGCUAUGAACUUGGGCUCAUCUCCGGGGCUCUUCUCCAGAUACGGACCUUGUUGGCGCUGACCUGCCACGAGCAGGAAAUGGUGGUGAGCUCCCUGCUCAUCGGAGCCUUGCUGGCCUCGCUCACUGGAGGGGUCCUGAUUGACAGGUUUGGCAGAAGGGCUGCCAUCAUCCUGUCGUCCUGCCUCCUCGGGCUCGGAAGCCUGGUCCUGAUCCUCAGUCUGUCGUACCCCGUUCUUCUCGUGGGCCGCAUUGCUAUAGGGGUGUCCAUCUCCCUCUCUUCCAUCGCCACUUGUGUGUACAUCGCGGAGAUUGCCCCGCAGCACAGAAGAGGCCUUCUUGUGUCACUGAACGAGCUGAUGGUUGUCAUUGGCAUUCUGUUUGCCUACGUUUCCAAUUACGCCUUCGCCAGCGUUUCCCAGGGCUGGAAGUACAUGUUCGGCCUCGUCAUUCCCUUGGGAUUUCUACAGGCGAUCGCCAUGUACUUUCUUCCUCCGAGUCCCCGGUUUCUGGUGAUGAGAGGACACGAGGAAGCUGCUAGCCACGUUCUCAGGAGGUUGAGAGCCAUCUCAGAUACAACGGAGGAACUCACGGUGAUCAAGUCUUCCCUGAAAGAUGAAUAUCAGUACAGUUUUUGGGAUCUGUUUCGUUCCAAGGACAACAUGAGGACCCGAAUAAUGAUAGGCCUAACACUGGUGUUUUUUGUACAAAUCACCGGCCAGCCAAAUAUAUUAUUCUAUGCAUCGACUGUUUUGAAGUCCGUUGGCUUCCAAAGCAACGAGGCGGCUAGCCUCGCCUCCACUGGGGUCGGGGUUGUCAAGGUCAUCGGUACCAUCCCGCCCACUCUUUUUGUGGACCACGUGGGGAGCAAAACCUUCCUCUGUGUCGGGUCCUCUGUGAUGGCAGCUUCAUUGGUGACCAUGGGCAUCGUGAAUCUCCACAUCCACAUGAACGUCACCAGUAUCUGCAGAAGCCAUAGCCCUGUCAACCAGUCCGUGGAGGAGUCUGUGUUUUAUGGACCAGGGAACCUGUCAGCCAGCAAUGACAUUGUUAGAGAGCCCUUUAAGGAGAUCAUGUCCCCCAGCAGAAGCUCACCAAUGCCCACGAGAAAUGACAUGGACAAGAGAAGGGAGAUGACCUCCGCAUCCUUACCAAACGCUGGACUGAGCCAGACUGAACGCCAGCUAGUCACAGACCCAGAGGACGUCCCAGCUUUUUUGAAAUGGCUGUCCUUAGCCAGCUUGCUUGUUUAUGUUGCUGCUUUUUCAAUUGGUCUAGGACCAAUGCCCUGGCUGCUGCUGAGCGAGAUUUUUCCUGGUGGAAUUCGCGGACGAGCCAUUGCCUUAACUUCCAUCAUGAACUGGGGCAUCAACCUCCUCAUCUCUCUGACAUUUUUGACUGUGACGGAUCACAUUGGUCUGCCGUGGGUGUGCUUCUUCUAUACAAUCAUGAGUCUGGCGUCCCUGGCCUUUGUUGUUGUGUUUAUACCUCAGACAAAGGGAUGCUCUUUGGAACAAAUAUCGACGGAGCUGGCGAAAGCGAACUAUGUGAAAAACAACAUUUGUUUUAUGAGUCAUCACCAAGAGGAAUUAGUGCCCAAACAGCUUCAGGAGAGAAAACCCCAGGAGCAGCUCUCGGAGUGUAAAAGGCUGUGUGAGAGGGGACAAGCCGGGCAGCUUUCUCCAGAGACCUAACGCCCUGAGGACCUCACGGAGUUGAUGGAGGCUGAGAGCAGAGCGGAAGGGUGUCUCAGACCGCGCCUGUGCUCUCUCUUCAGUGGAAUGGAGCCAGUUUUAAAGAAACACCCUGAAAUUACAAAGACGAUCUUUAAUCUCCACCCACCCCUAAAAGGAACCACAAAAGGUAGACGAGGUACAGGGUCCCAAGUAACCUCUUUCUUACUCUGAGCAGGAUAGCAGGCCAAAAAAAUACCGGCUGGUGCAGUAUUUCCAGCCUUUUUCACAGAGCAGCUUGUGAAAGACUAUGAACUAGCGAUGCGAUCAACUUUUACUUGAGGUCUGUGUGGACAGAGGCCAGCUGCAGCUUCAUGACUCAGACACAGGAGUGUUCCAAACACGAGCGUCCCGGCUUUCGCCCACUAAGACGCUCCUUGCACGAGGUCUUGUGUAGAAAAGCAUCAGGAGGCAGUGUGGACAAUCGCACACCUUCUAGGUUAGGAUAGGCUCCUGGUGAGGAUCCUAGGUGAACUCCUCAUUACAGUUCAACGAGUAUGAAGAUGACACAGCUUAUUUUAUGAAUUAUGAACUACAAUGUAAUGCAAAAUAUCCUUUUAUGAAUUUCAUAUUAGUAUUAUAAAAUAUUAAAAGAAACAAUUCUGCAAACAGCAGAGAGAAAUAAGUAUUUCCCCAUCCAUUUUUAAAAAUAUGAAUAGAAAAGGCAAUUUCAAAAUCCUGGGACCAUAUUUAUUUAGAAAUAGCUGUUAGUAAACCAUUAAAAGAGGAGCAGGCCAUUAAGUUAUUUACAGAUCUCUAAGCAAUUAGGUUUAAGCUGUUAAAUGAAGCUUCUAAAAUUCUCUUUGCAAGGCUUUCACAAUAACUCAACAGCGACCCAGUCUCCUGCAGCCCUUGCCUCCUCAGGACUGUCUCCACCUCAGGUGUGGCACAUAGGCCAUCAUGGUGCUGACUUUAGGUAGCUGCAGACGUGACAGAUGACAUUCAGUCACCAGGACAGCUCCCUCCCGGGGUUGUUCUCUAUGACGGAACAGAGGUGGCCGCUGUACCCGACACGGGUUUUCAAGGCAUUGCUCUCUUCCGUCUUUCUCCAGCUGAAUUUUCAGACUUGUUGAGGCAUUUUACCAAUAGAAUUUGGGUAUGACCGAAAAAUCUACAAUAAAGAAUCUCAAACCACUUAAGUAGUAACCCAUCGGAUCACUAACAUUAUAAGCUAUGGAAGACACACAAACUUAAAACUAUGAACAAUUUAACUUGAAAAAGGAUACAAAAAUAUGAUUAACCUGAAGAAAAGAGAAUCCUAAGAGUCAAAAAUCCUUUCUUUUUUAGCUUGGAAUUUUCCUAUUAGCCAGUAACAAACUGCCCCAGUUUGAUAUAAGGCUGCCUGCCCCACUACAUUUCCUUAUGACAGAGUAAUGAGACUACAGUCUAUGCAGGCAACAGUGAAACUAUCAUCAGAGACUCAGGAGAAUGACUACCAGUCUUGCCUCUGAAAUGUGCCGUCUAGACUGAAAUCGGUGGGGCAGUUACGAGGAGAGGAGAUCUGAGAUCGUAGUUCUGCCGCAGUGCAUUUCCUCAGCAAGUCUGAGCACGAAUUGUUUUCUGUUCAUUUGUUGGUUUUAGAAGGAGAAAAGAAAGUGUGUUCUGUAGAGGAUUAGAAGUUUAUUACAAAUCGUCGGUAGAAUUAUAUGCUGAGAUUCAAAAACAAAAAUCAAGACAGAUAAUCAAUAUGCAUUUUUUUCUUUCCCAAGCAUCACAGAUUGUAAGGUAUUUAAGAAGAUUGUUACAUUUCCUUCGAAGUUCAAACACUA